AUGUUGGACCAGAGAAAAUUCCAAUGGAAAACCAGCAUUUUUCUCUGUCGAUUCAAAAGCAGAAUAGGUGAGAGUGCCAGGAACAAAGGAAGCCAGAAAGAGGAAAAUAUACAAAAGGAAAAAGGAAAUGGCAGAGGAAACAGUCAAAAUUUGGGCCAGAAAAAUGCAGUUGCGGGCAGAAGUUUUCAGACAUCCAGUUCUGAGCCCUGCAGAGAGUCUGCUGCUUUUUUUCCUGGAUCUUCCUCCAAGCUGACAACCCAGUACCUCAUGCAGGAUCACAUGGCUACCCAUCACAGGAAACUGCUAUCUGCCAAAGCUGCUGUUGACUCAUCGGCACCAAGGAGCUUGCACACUAGUAUUAAAUAUAAGGAUCAACUGAGGAAAGGAAAACUGAUUAAUGCAGUGAAAACAUAUAAGAAGGAAGUCUUUCGGCUCUGUUCUGAAUCCCUGUGUAAUUCCCAAAGUGUUUCCCCAAAGCCCUCGAAGGAGUACAUGACUAGAAAAUGUCCUCUGCCUGUAUCUCAGUAUGCCGUGGAAUUACCCCGAAGCACAGGCCAUCUGCGGUCUCCAGGACAUCCUCAGCUCCCAUUACCUGUUCUGUUGGCCCAAGAGGCCUUUGAGGACAUUGUUCAGCAUGUUGGUCGGGAAUCCUGUGAUUGCCGGCCCAAUCCAGUCCGGCAGAAAACCAGUCAGGUUGGGAGAGAAGCCCACCCUAUCUCCAUGAAAAAUGUGUUUCAAGAUCCUCUAAAGAAAACAUACAGUGGCGAUAUCCUCCAUAAACAUUCUGACUGCUUCACUUCACCAAGUGAGCCUUUUGUCCCUCGAAUUUUAAAGACACAGAGAAAAUCCUACCUGUCAACAUAUAAGUAUUACACGCCUCCCAGGCAAAAGAAGUCGGCCUCCCCAGGCAGCUCUCGGCUUGCAUCGGCACAGGCAUACAGUCGCGGACAGACGGAUUUGACCAGGCAUUCCAAAGGUGGCCAUUGGUCACGCAAUGUUGACGAUUCCUCGCAGCCCCCCAUUAAGGAAAAUAAAGUGUCACUUGCAGAAUUUGGAACAUCAAAUUCUCUACAUUCAGCCCUCUUGGAAAAGGAAGAAGAAUUGAAAUACCUCCAGUUUCUUCAGGAUGUCACCAAUGACAUUUUGAUGAAAGGCUGCUUCCACAACCAGGCAUUUCACAGUGUAUUUCAAACACACAUAAGGAUCAGAAGAUCUGACCUUGAUGAGGUAAAGAUGAAAAAAGUACUCGAGCAGCUUAAGGAUGAACUGACCAUCAGCAGCAGAGAUGAAGAUGGUUCUCAGCUCUGCUGGUUUGCAGCCAGAAGAUUAUGA